GACGACGGGACGGGAGCGUGGCGUGGCGUGGUAUUCUGGUGGGAGGGUGGGAGUUCAGUGGACGACUCGAGGUAUGUAUGGCGACGAUAUCAUCCUGACGAUGCAGCGGGAAGGCUGAGAACUUGAAGUUUUUACUGAUGCAUACGGCGGCCUACUUACCUACUGGCUAUGUCCCCAUGCUGCUUCGCAUCGAUUGGUCUUUUCGCCCGUGGGUGGCUCGGAUACCGGAUUUCACGUUCCGCUACCCUAUUAUGUACCCUCGAGGGGGAGGGGAGCUCGUCGUCGUUGGACCGUUGGUUGGACAGUUGCACCGUUGCAGAUGGACAUUGCGGAUGGACAUUGCGGAUGGACAUUGCGGCCGGAAUGCCUCUCCGGGCUGGUCGGAGGCGAAUUACUGGUUGGAUAAUAACUUUUUCGAUAUCACAGCAGACGACUCGGCUCGACACGACCCGUCUCGAGGGGAGCAUUAUGUAUUUGCUCGGACCUGAUACGCACAUGCCCAAGUACCGUACCUACUCACCACACUCGCAGAGCAAGUCAUGGCUGCUGCUGCUGCUACAUACAUAUCAUAUCAUACUAGAGUGCUCUGCUCUAGCAGCUACCUAUGCGCAUCGCCCCAUGCGAAGUUGCGAACAGGAGACCAAAGCUCGCCUGCACUGGGGGCUGGGACUGGGACGCCCAUCCUACUCUAUUCUGCUCUGCGCUGCUCCAGUCGACUCUGCUGCUCUGCUCUCUCCGGCUCUGGUCUCUUUCGAAUGGGUGGAUCUCCGAUCUAUUGCUGUGUUGGAUACAAGCGUGAUAUUCUCCCGUAUCAUACUGGCCUCGCACCACUGAACCACUGAACCACUGACUCUGAGAGUCUGAGCCCAGACGGAUGCCAAUGUCUUCCGAUGUGGACGUCGGCU